AUGGCCCGCGAUAUCCUGAACGCCGCCAAAUCGGUCUCAAAGACAGUCAAUGUGUUUCCAAUCGGCCAGAAAUACUCUCUUCGGUCUACCGGUAUCUGGGAGCGGAUCCGUCGCGUCCUUGCCGUAGACCCCGACCGCUCAACCGGUAUCCCAUUGAACUCGCAGUUCCGUCUCCCGACCCCUGGGUCUGUGCCUCCCUUGGCCUACGAUGAUCCUGUGACAAUUCCAGCAGGUGACCUUGCCGACAACCCAUACUGGAAGCGAGACGUCCGAAGAAACUACCCUCAGCUGAGCACCAUCAGCCAGGCUGAUGCCGUGAGCCUUCUCACAGUCGGCAGUCAAGCAGCUCCUAAGGAUGAUAUCUUGCAGAUUGGAGAGGCAGGAGAGAAGCAACUGGUAUCGGUCAAGGAACAAGGUGAGGAGCGAGGCUUGGCUGCGCUCUUCGAGAAGGAUCAAAAGAGCAUUCAGGGUGUGCUGGGUGCCAACGGCCUGCCCCCUACACCUUGCAACAUUAACCCUACUCCACAGCCUUUGCAAUCAAAAUAUGAGAUUGGUAGUGAGCACGGUUACCCCGAUGUUUACCCUUGCCGCACUUUUGUUUAA